AUGUCAUUCAAAAAGAAAAAAUUCACACUUCCUCCCAUCAUCAAAACCCUUGAUAAACCUCCAUCAUCGCCAUCACAACCACCGCUUCCUCCUCUUCCAAAACCACCACGAACAACCCAUUUAGCCCCUCUCCCUACACUCACUCUCACACCUACCUCUAACCACACAAACCUCCUCCAUUUUCUCAACUCCCACCUCACAAAGAUCCAACCUUUAACCCCUCAAAAGCUCCUCCACUUCUUCAAAACCAGACUCCACCACCACCCACAUUAUUCUCACUAUGACUUUCAUAUUUUCAAUUGGGUUUCUACUAUAGACUCUUUUAGGCAUGAUCAUCAAACUUUUGAAUGGAUGGCAAGGACUCUUGCUAUCACAAACAGGUUAGAGGAGCUUGCUUUGCUUCUUCAAUUUAUGUCAACCAAUCCUUGUCCUUGUAGUGAAGGUAUCUUUUCUUGUCCAAGAAUUGAACCCAUAUUUCAGUUUUGUAUUAAUGGUUACUGUAAAGCUGGGAAAUUGGACGAUGCUUUGUUAGCUUUUGAAUGUAUGAGGAAAUUGAUUGAUGGAAGGCCUAGUGUUGUUGUUUACAAUGUUUUGAUUAAUGGGUGUGUGAAGUGCGGAGAGCACGCUAAGGCUAUUGGGGUUUAUGAUAGGAUGUUGAAGGAUAGAGUUAAGCCUGAUGUGUUUACGUUUAAUAUAUUGAUUAAUAGUUAUUGUAGGAAUAACAUGUUCGAAUCAGCUCUGGAAUUGUUUAGAGAAAUGAGAGAGAAAGGAUGUAGUCCUAAUGUGGUUAGUUUUAAUACUUUGAUUAAAGGAUUUUUUACAGAGAGGAAAUUUGAGGAAGGGGUUAAGAUGGUGUAUGAGAUGAUUGAUUUGGGGUGUGAGAUAUCGAGUGUGACUUGUGAGAUUUUAGUUGAUGGACUUUGCAAGGAAGGGCAGGCAUCGGAGGCAUGCGGAUUGUUGAUUGAUUUUACAAGGAAAGGAGUUUUGCCGAGGAAGUUUGAUUCUUUUGGUCUUGUGGAUAUGCUUUGCAAGAAAAGAAUGGCAGAUAGAGCUUCGGAAGUGUUAAUUGAGUUGUGGAAUAAUGGAAAUAUUCCUAGCUCGAUUUGCUGUACCACUUUGAUAGAAGGUUUGAGAAAUUCAGGUAGAAUAGACGAGGCAUUUGAAUUGUUGGAGAGGAUGUUGAAAGAGAAUACUGUUCCUGAUAUCAUGACCUUUAAUUGUCUGCUUCAAGAACUUUGCAAUGCAGGAAGAACUUUUGAUGCUAACAGAUUGAGAUUAUUGGCUUCUAGCAAGGGUUUGGAUGUAGAUGAGAUGACAUAUAGCAUUUUGGUAUCUGGGUGUAUAAGAGAGGGUAAAAGAAAGGAAGGCGAAACUUUGGUGGAUGAGAUGUUAGAUAAGGAAUUUAUCCCUGAUCUUGAUACAUAUAAUAGGUUCAUGGAUGAACUUUCUAAACCAAGAAGUUCUGCACAACACUGUGCCAAAUUUGUUCGCAGGUGA